AAGUUUUUCUCUAGCUUUAUAUUCAUUUCUUGAUCAAAGUUGAAUCAGAAUAAGUGUCUCAACCUUUUAUCUCUGAAUACAUCUCUAUAUGUUCCCGUUCUUGUAUUUCUUGAUCACAAUACAAUAAAAAUAAGUGACUCCCCCUGUGUCACACUUCUAUAUCCAUAUGAUUUACUUGUAUUAUUUCUUUAUUCGGAUUUUACGCAUAAUUCUUCACUAUACCAUGACAGUGAAGGGUGGUACAAGCCCAGCAUGUGCUGCUUGCAAGUAUCAGAGGAGAAAGUGUUCAUCGGAUUGCCCUCUCGCACCUUAUUUCCCGUCAAAUCAAUCCAAAAUGUUUCAGAAUGUGCACCGGCUUUUCGGUGUGUCUAACAUUACAAAGAUACUGGGGAACUUGGAGACUAAGGACCAGAAAGAGGACGCAAUGAAAUCCAUUAUUUACGAGUCUGAUAUGCGCGAGAGAUUUCCUGUUUACGGUUGUUCUACCAUCAUAUGUCAAUUGCGUUUACAGUUACAUCACGCACUCGAAGAACUUCGAUACGUUUAUUCGCAGCUAGAAAUCUACAAGCAACAGUUCAACAAGCCUUCAGGAUCCACCUCAUACUACUCGUCUCCAACACAUCUAGAGUUCAGUAUGUAUUCAAAUACUGAUGUAUCUCAGACAUUUCAACCGGGAAACGAAAUGACUAAUUAUGCGAUGAAUAAUCAGUUUUUUGCGAAUGAAAAUAUUGGUUUUUAUGCUGAAUCUAGUAACACUAUGACCAGACCCGUGUUGGGAUAUGAUCCUUACUGUGAUAUGAACUGUAACCAAUCUAUUACACUUCAAGCACAAAUGGAUGCAUAUGAGAUCCAACAAGAACGAGAAAUUUCGCAAGACUAUGAGGACACGCACUUUAACACUACAGCUGAUGAUAGACAAUCUUAUAUCGAAACUAAGGGUAUAUGUGAUUCAAGCUCGGAAUCAUCAUUGAAGGAUGCAACACAGUCGUCGAGCGAGCAAGUAUCCCAAAGUGAGCUCAGGAAUGCUGCUGCAUGCUUUAGCCUCACUACUGUCAAUUAGAAUAAUUUAGACGUUCUGGUCGAGUUUUGAUCUUGUUCUAAACAUUCUUUUAUUAUUUUGACAAUUAAAUCUCAUAAUUUUGA